AACAUAUUCAUAUAUAUUAGCCGGUGGACGGAACUUGAUAACAUAGCAAUUUGAAAUCUUGCAUAGACCGGUCAAUCGUGUGCUGGAGUGGAUUGAACAUUGUGGCGUAUUUAAAAUGUCUAAAUUAUUCUUAUUGUGUGUAGUGGCUACAUGCGCUGCUCUGGUUGAAGGGAACACCUUCUCAACUCAAGAGUUCCUGCGUGCAGCCGCCAACGGGGACUUCCAAACACUACGAAAAUUAAUUAAUCCCGCUGUUGGCCUGGAUAACUGGCCGGAUUUCGGACCUGAUCUAAGUGUUAACGUAGAGAGUCUAAAGCCUGGACCCGAUACGCAUGUGUACGGAAAAGCAGAAUCAAGUUUCCACUCAUAUUCGAAUGAAAACGGACGCGUAUCCAAACAAAGCGGAGGUUUUGGUGUAUUAAAUAAUGAUGGUGUAGUUUCCACCUACAAAUUCAACCCUGAAGAUAUAUUUGCAUCCACCGAGGUUAAUAAAUACGACCAGCAAUAACAUGAACAUUGAACACGUAUCUUUGCUAAUGUUAAUGUACAGGCGUUCAAAAAUAGAUCUAUAGAUAUUUAUGUACAACGCUACGCAAGCCCGGAGCUCCGAUUGAAAAAACAUUUUUAAACCAUCAUUAAAUAAUUACAAAAAUCAAAAAGAAAAGGCUAAAGAAAAAAGGCACCAAAGACUGUUCUGUAGGAAAAAGUCUUAAAUCUGGGAUGUAAUUUCUUCAUAAAGGAUAUUGAUUUACAACACUUACUAGGUAC